AUGACCUACCCAUCCAUUCUCCACAACGCCAACACUGGCCAAGAGAUUUGCAAACUUGUUCAUUUGGAAUGGCUUGUUGGAGCAAGGUUGCUGGAGGAUGGAGCUGGUUCGUUGGCGACGCUGCCAGAGCGCUUGCCAAACUUGGGGAGGGGUGAGCCAGAGCUACCGAUUCCACCAGAAGAAGUUAUCAAGUUUGCAGUGGCCAUAGUUGAAGAAAUAACGACAGGUGCCGUACGGUGCCUUCAACUCCACCUUGGGCUUGGUUUGCAGGGGCUUCGAUUGUGCCGACGACUGUUCAGCUGGGUUGGCUGCUUGAUGCAGAAAAGUGCAGUUGCUGCCCGGGUCGAUCGAGAAAAUUGCAGUUUGAUGUGUUCUGAUGAUGUUCUUGAGGAAGGAGAUAUCGAGCCUGACUAUGUGGCAAUACCCAGCAUCACGUGCGUCGCAAUCAUUCUAGAACUUUCGGUCAGAACAGUGGGGAAAAGAACGCCGGUGGAAGUGGGGUAUUCUCAUGAAUACGGAAGAUUUGGACUGCUACGGGCCAGUCCCACGGAAUGUGAACAAAGCAUAGCGGUCGAUAAUUUCGACAUCUUUCAAAGAGAAAGAUCCAGAAUCCUCCCUCAGAGUGGUAGCGCGACGGCAACAGCCCAGUGGCGGCUAAACAUGCCCAUGUCGAAAAGUGUAAAAAUCAGCUGGCCACGUUACAACACAAAAACAGGUGAAAUUUUCAGUAAAUUCUCCAUUUGUACGAAGGACCUGUACUUUGAUUUCCUUAUUGGAAAGCACGCUUGUUUGCCGCGUCUAGGCUAUAGUCGCGGUCCGGUCCAACUUUUGAGCUCAAAGAAAGCAAAGAUCGCACAAAGUGCAUCAGAAUGGACUCUGGCAUCUGAUGACGCGUGGGAUUCCGCCUCUGAUUCAGAAUCAGCAUACCGCUCACCAUCUGCAUCGCGACUCGGAUAUCUUAUGGGCACCUCAUCAGCAAAACCUAUUCCAGUAACGCCUUCCACACAAUCUGGAAGGAGCCCUUCGACGAGCGGAAUGCGAGGACAAUCGGCUGAACGCUCAAAUAAUGGAAGUGGAAACGUGGACAACAGCGCCAGCUCUGCCAGUUCCAUCACGUUCAGCUAUACGCACGUUCAUGCGCCCAGUCCAUCUUCAUCUUAUGCAAAACAAAGCAACAAUGAAAAGCCCACAGGCUGGACUAUGAUUUCGAAUUCGGGGCAAGUGAAAGGUGUCGCCGCGGAAGAAGGUCAAAAAAUGGACCAAGAAAUCGAAGAAGAGAUGGAGCUGGAGGAUUCUAGUUUCUCUGUCGGAAGUCUGGGACGAAGUCGGAGAAUUCGAGAAGGCAAGGAGGCUAUCAAGUAUGAUGUCGAAGACAUUGUGAACGGUAAGAAAUCGGUUUAUAUGAGAAUGACAAUUGCGUUGAUGCUCAUGGCCACAUUGGCAGACCCUCUUCGUGCAGUACAUUCGCCGUCUUUAGCGGAAUAUGAAGAGCGUGUGGCAUCCGGUAUUGGCCAUCCCGAGAUGCAACAUCAACACGCUAUGCGCGCGCAAAAGCGACAAAAGUUUGUCGACUGCUUGACAGCGGAGGAUGUCAACAUGACGGAACUGAGAAAAUUGGCUUGGAGUGGGAUACCGGAAGAGCUGAGACCUAUCGCUUGGAUGCUACUUCUCGUACGUAGUAUACCUGGCACCCAUUAUCUCAUGUGCUAA